AUGCCAGGUUUAGACCCAAGGGUUGCUGUCCACCAAUUAGCAGUAAAACAUGGGGCUAGACCUGUAAAACAAACUCAGCGUCGCUUUCGUCCUGAACUCAUAUCACAGAUUGAGGUUGAAGUCAAUAAACUUAUCCAAGCAGGUUUCAUUCGUGAGGUCAAGUAUCCUACAUGGAUUUCAAAUAUUGUGCCAGUAAAAAAGAAGAAUGGCCAAAUGCGUGUUUGCGUGGAUUUUCGAGACCUUAACAAUGCUUGUCCCAAAGAUGAUUUUCCACUUCCAAUUACCGAGAUCAUGGUCGACGCUACCACAGGUCAUGGGAGAUUAACCUUCAUGGACGGUUCAUCUGGCUAUAAUCAAAUUCGAAUGGCACCCACAGAUGAGGAGAAGACGGCUUUCCGAACUCCGAAAGGGAUAUAUUGCUAUAAAGUUAUGCCUUUUGGCUUAAAGAAUGCAGGUGCCACUUAUCAAAGGGCGAUGCAGAAGAUUUUUGAUGAUAUGCUUCACCAACAUGUUGAAUGCUAUGUUGACGACCUCGUGGUGAAAUCAAAAGAAAAAGAAAAUCAUUUGCAAGAUCUUCGUCCGGUAUUUGAACGAUUACGUCGAUUCCAGCUAAAAAUGAACCCACUAAAAUGCGCAUUUGGUGUGUCAUCAGGCAAAUUCCUAGGGUUUAUAGUUCGACAUCGAGGGAUUGAGAUUGACCAGUCUAAGAUUGAAGCCAUUCUAAAAAUGCCGGAGCCAAGAAACAUCCAUGAGUUGAAGAGUCUCCAAGGAAAGUUGGCCUAUAUACGGAGAUUUAUUUCUAAUUUAGCGGGUCGAUGUCAACCAUUCACCCACUUAAUGAAGAAGGAUACGUCAUUCUAUUGGGAUGAAGCUUCACAAAUACGUUCCUUGGGGGUGUUGUUAGCGCAAAAAAAUGAUGAAGGCAAGGAAAGCGCUCUCUACUACCUUAGUAGGACAUUAAAUGGGGCUGAACUAAAUUAUUCUCCAAUAGAGAAGACAUGUCUAGCAUUAAUGUUUGCAAUAAAGAAGCUGAGGCAUUACCUCCAAGCGCAUUCAGUUAGACUAAUCUCCCGAGCUGACCCUCUCAAGUACAUCAUCUCAAGACCAGUACUAUCAGGAAGAUUGGCAAAAUGGGCUUUAUUGCUUCAAGAAUUUGAAAUUGUCUACGUCUCACAAAAGGCUAUCAAAGGGCAAGCACUAGCUGAUUUUCUCGCUGAUCAUCCUAUUCCCGAUGAAUGGAAGUUCUCUGAAGACCUGCCUGAUGAGGACGUUUUGUUUAUUGAAAUGUCAGAACCAUGGAAAAUGUUCUUUGAUGGCGCAGCACGACAAGAUGGAGCCGGGGCUGGGGUUAUAUUCAUCACACCAGAAGGAGAGGUCUUGCCUUUCUCCUUUUCACUUACCGAAUGUUGUUCUAAUAACAUGGCCGAAUAUCAAGCCUUGAUUCUUGGGUUAGAAAUGGCAGUGAAUAUAAAGAUGUCUCGCCUUAAAGUUUUUGGGGAUUCUCAAUUAGUCAUCAGACAACUCCUCUCACUAUAUGAAGUCAAGAAGCCGGAAUUCAUCCCAUAUCACAAGUAUGCACUUAAAUUGAUAACAUCACUUGAUUGCGUUACUUUAGAACAUGUGCCACGAAAAGAGAAUAAGCAAGCCGAUGCCUUAGCAAAUCUUGCGUCAACAUUAGCAUCAUGUAGUGAGGAGAUAAAAGUCCAUGUAUGUCAAAGAUGGGUCGUUCCACCACUAAAUCAUGACAUAGAAGAGAAAGAACAAGUGGGUGUAGUUUUUGUCUACGAGAUUGAAAGAGAAGACUGGCGUCAGCCACUUAUCGAUUAUUUGAGACAUGGAAAGCUACCUAAAGACCUACGCCAUAAGACAGAGGUGAGGCGAAGAGCUUCUCGCUUCAUAUACUUUCAAGGCACUCUUUACCGACGCUCUUUUGACGGAGUUUUUUUGCGCUGUCUCGGAGAAGAAGAAGCAACGAAAGCACUAGAGGAAACUCACUCAGGGAUCUGUGGAGCACACCAAUCAGGCCCUAAACUUCACUUCCGAAUCAAAAGAAUGGGAUAUUACUGGCCAACAAUGCCCUUUGAUGCUUGGGGACUUGAUGUGGUAGGACCAUUGCCGAAAAGCUCUGGGGGGCAUCUUUACAUAUUGGCUGCAACAGAUUACUUCUCAAAGUGGGCAGAAGCUGCAGCAUUAAAAGAGGUCAAGAAAGAGACAGUUGUAAACUUCAUUCGAACAAACAUUAUUUACCGUUAUGGGGUACCAAGAUACAUCAUAACCAAUAAUGGAAAGGAGUUCUACAAUACAGCCAUGAACAAGUUGUGUGCACAAUUCAGCUUCAAACAACAUAACUCUUCUAUGUACAAUGCUCCGGCUAAUGGUUUGGCAGAAGCCUUUAACAAGACUUUAUGCAAUAUUCUUAAGAAGGUGGUGAAUCGCUCGAAGAAGGACUGGCAUGAGAGAAUUGGGGAGGCGUUAUGGGCUUAUCGUACUACAUUCCGAACACCAACUCAAGCUACUCCAUAUUCCUUGGUAUACGGGGUCGAAGCUGUUCUUCCACUAGAAUGUCAAAUUCCAUCUUUGAGAAUCGCAAUCCAAGAAGGACUUUCCAAUGAAGACAAUGUUCAUCUACGCCUUGAAGAGCUUGAAGCUUUAGAUGAAAAACGUCUUGAGGCACAACAACGAUUAGAAUGUUAUCAAGCACGACUUUGUAGGGCUUUCAACAAGAAGGUGCGACCACGCUCAUUCCAAGAAGGAGAUCUUGUCUUGGCAGUACGACGCCCAAUAAUCAUGUCAAAACGCAUGGGCAGCAAAUUCCUCUCCAAAUGGGAUGGCCCUUAUGUGGUUCAAGAAGUCUACACCAAUGGAGCUUACAAAAUUGUCGAUGAGAAUGGAUUGAGGAUUGGGCCUAUCAACGGCAAAUUCUUGAAAAGAUACUAUGCUUGA